CCGAGCGGCGGGGACUCAGAGAGCGUCUACAAUAGUGCUGGACGAGCUGAGUGAACAGCGGAGCGACAGCCACUCUUUGGUCGACGAGACCGCGUCUCAUUCGCAAACAAAUGCUUUGACCUUCAGCGUACCGGAGGUUCGGCCUCUCGACACUUCGUAAAGCAACAGAGGUUAAACCUGAAAGGAUAUUUUCCGUCUUCCUCGGAGUUUUCUCGUGGAUUUAGCCCUUUUCUUCUCCCCCCGCCGGGCCUGUGUGAAGAGGCUCAGCCGACCGCAGCGUUGUGUUGCCAGCUGCGCUAGCUAGCUUAGCGGCCAACGGAGAGAAGGACCACAAUGGAAACGGUGGUUGUCACGGAAAAGAAAAGGGUGAGUUCAGAGCGUCGAAAAGAGAAGUCGCGGGAUGCGGCACGAUGUCGCCGGGGCAAGGAGUCAGAGGUAUUCUUUGAGUUGGCGCACCAGCUGCCCCUGCCGCACAACGUGACCUCCAACCUGGAUAAGGCCUCCAUUAUGAGGUUAACAAUCAGUUACCUGCGCAUGAGGAAGCUGCUCAGUGCAGAGAAGUCUGAAGAAGAGUCAGAGCUUGACUCGCAGCUCAACAGCUUCUAUCUGAAGGCCUUGGAGGGGUUUCUCAUGGUGCUGUCCGAGGAUGGGGACAUGGUCUAUCUCACGGAAAAUGUCAGCAAAUGCCUUGGCCUGGCCCAGUUUGACCUGACAGGACACAGUGUCUUUGACUUCACCCAUCCCUGUGACCAUGAGGAGCUACGAGAGAUGCUAGUCCACAGAACUGGGCCCUCUAAGAAGGCAAAAGAGAAGAACACAGAACGCAGCUUUUUUCUGCGCAUGAAGUGCACACUUACCAGCAGGGGGCGGACUGUAAACGUCAAGUCUGCCACCUGGAAGGUGUUGCACUGCACUGGGCAUGUCCGCGUGUAUGAGAACAUUGAGGGUGAAAGCCACUGUGGUUACAAGGAGCCACCUGUCCCUUACCUGGUGCUUAUUUGUGAGCCCAUUCCUCAUCCGGCCAACAUUGAGGUCCCACUGGACAGCAAGACCUUCCUGAGCCGCCACACGCUGGACAUGAAAUUCUCCUACUGUGACGAGAGAGUCACAGAACUGAUGGGAUAUGAACCAGAGGACUUGCUUAACCGCUCAGUCUAUGAGUACUACCAUGCCCUGGACUCAGACCACUUGACCAAGACACACCACAACUUGUUUGCAAAGGGCCAGGCUACCACAGGCCAGUACCGUAUGCUGGCCAAGAAGGGUGGGUACGUGUGGGUGGAAACCCAGGCCACAGUCAUCUACAACACCAAGAACUCCCAGCCACAGUGCAUCGUAUGUGUAAACUAUGUGCUCAGCAAUAUAGUGGAGGAGAAGCUGGUACUGUCCCUGGAACAGACAGAAAAAGAUGUCAAAGGGGAUGUUAAAGAAGAUGUUGAGGAUGUCAGUGAAGACACUGAGGAGCUCAAGUUCUCAGAGCCAACAGGUCUUGAGGCAGACAUGAUCAAGCUGUUCACCAAGGCAGAGGACACUGAGUGUGCAGACAGUCUGUAUGACAAACUGAAGGAGGAGCCUGAUGGCCUGACCAUGUUGGCUCCUGCUGCUGGUGACACUAUCAUUCACCUGGACUUCAGCUGCCCUGACCCAGAACAACCCUUGCUGAAGGAGGUUGCACUCUACAAUGACGUCAUGCUCCCUUCUACCAGCGUCAAGCCACCCUUGUCCCCCUUGCCGCCCAGUGAGCCAGACCCACCACUGAGCACCAAGGUGCGUGCCAAGCUGGAACCUGGCUCUGAAGACUUCCCCUUCAGCAUGGUCCGUACUGCAGACUCUUCCCGUACUACCCCCGGACCGAGUGCUGGACGUGCCUCCCCUCAGCCUGACAGUCCUCUGGACUUCUGCUUCCAAGUGGACUCUGAUAUUGGCAGCGAGUUCAAGUUGAACCUUGUGGAGAAACUGUUUGCCAUCGACACUGAGCCUAAAACCCCAUUUACACAGGCCAUGGAGGAUCUUGACCUAGAGAUGCUGGCUCCUUACAUCCCUAUGGAUGAUGACUUCCAGUUGCAUGUGCUCUCCCCAGCGGAGUCCCUGGCCUCCACUACUUCCCAGCCUCAUGCAGCAUCACCCCUGCACUUGUUGCAGGAAGUGCAGAGUGCCCCCUGCUCUCCAUUUAGUGGGAGCUGCAGCCGUACAUCCUCCCCCGCCCCACCUGAUACGGGCGACAUCCCCCGUUGUGCCACCCCAGUCGGCAAGAGAAUUACAGGGGCAGAUGUAGAGUUGUCUCCAAAGAUGCUGGCCCUCCACAAUGCUCAGCGAAAGAGGAAGCUAGAGGGAGAGGCCACACUGUCCCAGGCACUUGGACUGGGUGCUUUGCUUGAAGGAACAGUGAAUAAGGGGAAGAGAGCCAGGGUGCUGGAGACCAGUGCCUCUGAAGGGCUCUCGCACAAAACCAUGCUCUUCCUACCAUCAGAUCUAGCCAGCCGCCUGAUAGGUGGCUCGGUAGAGGGCAACAGCCUGCCACAGCUCACCCGCUAUGACUGCGAGGUCAAUGCACCUGUGCUGGAUCGCCAGCACCUUUUGCAGGGUGAGGAGUUGCUGCGUGCUCUGGACCAAGUCAACUGAGUGCUGCCCUGCUGUGCAAUUCUGGACACUGCAACCCUCUCCAAAAAACUGCCCCUGUUUCUCACAAAGCCCUCUAUUCUCUAUUUAUAUUUUCUAUAUCCAGUUGUUUCAAUCCAGCUCCAGUCUUGCACCUUACAUAGAUGUUAAGAGUAUUUUCCUCAUUGUCACAUAUAGAACACCGUAGCCGCAGUGCUGAAGUAGCCUUAACCUUGAGUGCAGGUGGGUCACGAGCGGCUGCUUGUGGUGUUUGAAGCCUUCGCUUACCUAAACGCACACAUUGAGUCCUCUUCCAAUGUACCCCAUUCCCACAGCAGCAGUGCUUUUGGCAAAAGUGAAUUGUAGCCACAGUCGCACAAUAUUGUAUUUUCUUAAAAGAUUACCAGCAAUUCUCGCAAUAUAUUAAGCAUUUUUAAAAGUACUUUUAAUGGAAAAUUCAACCAUGUAUUUUUUUUCUCCUUGGUUGUAUUUUGUCGUUUUUCCUACGUAGUGGUACAAUAUAAAAAAGUCUGGAUUGCUUUAGUCACUGUCUAAUUGUUCUGGUUUGAAUGAUUGACUCAAUUUACCAAUACAUGGUGUAUUGUCUAUACAUGUCAGUCCAUUUGUAUUUGUAUCCAUAUUUCUUCACCUAUAAUCUUCAGUGGCAAUUACAUUCAACAAAAAGAUUUUAGGAAGGAUAAAACCUUGAAAUUGUUGGAGACAAGAAGGGGUUUAAAUGUAACUUGGACCUACAUUUAAAUUUGUCACAUUUAUAAUUUCUUUGGAUAGACUUUAAUUUCAUUUUUCCCACAAGCUCAUAUGGUAGUUGUAAAACUUCCUGCUUAAUUGUGUAGAAGAGUAAAAAAAAAAUGCUUGUUAUACUGUUAAAACCAAUGCUAUUCUCAGUUUUGUCUUCAGUAAUGUAGAUCACAUCAUGCAAUGUUGGGUUUUCAUGCUACUUGUUGCUCACAUAUAUUCUAAAGCAGCUAUUUUCAAAGUUCCUAUUUCUUUUAGGAAAGUAAUUUCCUAGUACAACUGUCAUUUGUAACUUUAUUGAUCCCUCUAUUGACAGUCUGUGGUUCUAACACUAAAUGUAUUGUUUUAUUUACAUCAGUAAAUGACCAAUGCGGACCAGG